AUGGUGGCGCAGGCGCUGGUGGCGGCUCUGGGGCUGCUGGAGAUCGUGGCGCGGGUGAUGGCGGCGGCUGUGGGGCUGGUGGCGGUGCGGGUGAUGGUGGCUGUUCUGGGGCUUGCUGUUCUGGGUCUGGUGCUGCUGGGGAUCGUGGUGCGGGCGGUGGCGCUGGUGGCGCGGGUGCUGGAAGGUGCCCUGGGGAUGUGGAUGCGGCUGGUGGGUGCGGCUCUGGGGAUGGUGGCGCGGGCGCUUGUGGAUGCGCUGGCGAUGGCUGUGCGGCUGCCUGUGUCGGCUGCGGGCUUGGCGGCGGCACAGGGCCUGGCUGCGCGUCUCCCCCACCAGGCGGUCGUCCUCUGA